AUGGAUCAAAUCCAAAAGUAUCCAAUUGUGGAAGUCUACAUCACAGUUGAGAACAAUCGAAUAUCUGCUACUUAUAUGCUGUACUACAAGGCCGAUCGAAAGCCAGUAACGCUCACUUACCACAAUUGCUCUCUAGGAUGCCAGCGAGUGCAUGACCAAAUGGAAGAACUGCUCGAGAACCAGGAUUUCAUGAAACUGUCCAUUGAAGAUCUAAGUACCUCGCUUGCCAUGAACAAUGUUCUGUCAUUUCUAUCAAUCACUUUUUAUGGAGAAUCAAGUCCAUUGCCAAAUGAUGAUAUCAGCAUCUCGUUUCUGAAUGACCUCAAAGAAAUGCUCCAGACAAGAGAUAAUUCGCUUGUAGUGAACGAAAUAACUAUUUCAUUUCGGAGUGUUACAAUUAGACGAUAUAUAAUUUCGAUUGUGAAAAGCUGUCACCCAGAGAUAUUCAAAACAUUUAAAGUCAGUGUUAUUGCUGAAAAUGAAAACCGUUCAAUGGAAAAGACAUUCAACAUUGAGGGUUUAUUUGAACUUGAUCAUGUUGAAAAUCAAUUUCUAACAGUGGAAAAUGAAGUGUCAUUUGGUUUUGAUUGUUGUGAUGUCGAUACCAACCUGUGCACAUAUACCUUGACGUUUUCGGAUGAAAUGAGUGCCGAUCAACCUGUUUUGGAGUCGCAAGCUUCGACAAAAAAUGAUCCGUCGAUUAUGAACAAGCUUAUCGAUUUGACGUCAUACUUAACAAAACCUUUUCUUAACAUCUUGCAGAGCAAUUUUAACUAUAUGUUAAAUGGCAACUGGUUUUAUCCAAAGCUUACAAGAAUUGACAUUGACAUUGAACCACGCGAAAUCACAAUUCGAUGUUUUCAAGAAUCCCACAGCUUUUAUGUGACAUUUUAUGAAAACUCUAGCGGAUGCAUAAUCAAAGUCCCUGAACCUCCGUUUAACAGUGCGUUGGUGCCUGCUGAACGGUGUUCCAAAGAAAACUUCAUCAUUUGUUUCAUCCGACACUUUGAGUAUUUAUUGAAACGUCAGCAGUUUGAAAUUCAAACUUUCCAAUGUUCAUUCAAUCAUACUAUUGAAGUAUCAAAAACUUUGGAUAAAGUGAAUAAGUCAAUAAUAUCUAACCAUUUGAGUGUGGAGAAUUUAAUCUUGAAGGGUGGUGACUUUUUCAAAGUUUUAUCUUGCUUUGAUGCUAAUAAACUGCAGAAUCUGAAAUUCGAAUCAAACGAUUGUCAGCUAGAUCUCAGGAAAAUCACUUCACUACUACAAUGGAAACAUGCACGUGGUGUAUUUAUCAAGAAGUGUGCUGUUUCUAUGUCAAUGCGAGAUUUUUCUCAUUUCUCAAAUGUGGAUGUGCACUUAGAAUUCGGUUCAGUGGAGGAUAUACUGUUCUUGAAAAAGAAAUUCCUUGAAAGCAAUACAAGACAAAUCUAUAAAUUCACAUGCGAUAGUUUCCCCGUAGCAAGAUUGCUCGAUGAAUUUGGUGCACCAUGUGUAGUGAGCAAGACAAAGAUAUCGGAAGAUCAGAAAUGGAUUUUCAAUACUCCCGACACACUGAAGACUGUCUUGAUAUUAAGCGCCCGAUCUGUUUUUGGAAAGGAGACAAUCAUUGAAUUAUUCCAUGAAUCUUCUAGUAUCGCUUGUGUUUGA